AUGGCCUCGUAUACAGUAACUGCUGAAGAUAAUUGCAAUGAAAUAGCCGUGUAUAAUAAAGGAGAGUUGCUCUGUUUGGUUGUUCACUCUGAAGAGUGUAAAAAUAUUUGUUUAUCUGAUUUUCGUUCAAACGUUUUGCUCCAACAAGUACCCGAUAACCUGCCUGCAGCGUUUCUGUUUGUUCGACAUGUUGGAGAAAAAGAAAUUACCAUAAACAAGAAACAAGAACACUUGUUCAAGGUUCGUCAGUGCUUAAAAUUAAAAGAUGGACUCCCCACAUUGUACAUCAGCGAUGAAAUUCUUACGCUUUCAUCUCAGCAGUCCGUCUCGACACACUCAUCGCAAUCAAGUGAACGCAAGCGAAAAUCACAAGGUCGAGCGACAUUGCCUAGUUUUGGAUUUAAGAUUCCAAGUAAAUCAUGCGAGCAUAGGUUGUCCUUCGCAAAAGCCAGAAAUGUCAAGCUGUAUUCUGACACUGAGAUUCAAAACUCGACCGGUAAAAUGAAAGAAUAUAGAGAGUUUUGGAAGAAAAAAGCGGAAGAGAUUUGUAGCGAAGCAGAAUUUGAAAAGUUUUCAAAGGCAGCAGUUCAUGGUGUAAUAAACACGGCGUGGACAUUAAAGAAAGCAGAUGAUAUGCUCAGUGAAGCGAAAGACAUGGCAACCACGUUAAAAAAUGUCCCGAUAUCGUGGCUGAGCGGCAGUGCAGGUUGCGAAGGCACGCUGUAUAAAAAUAUACAAAGGCUUGAAAGAGCGCGCGAAGAUAUCAAAGUUGCAGAGAGAAGUCUUACAAAAACUCGACUGGAAAUUAUUGACAUCCGAAAGAGAAUGCAAGCAGUUCCUGCUGACGUGAAAGAAAAGAUAAAGGAGCUUGAAGGCAAGAUUUUACCAAGCCGGCUGACUGAAGUCCGAGCUUCGGAAGAAUCACUGAGAAAAACAAUCGAUAGAAGAAAAGAAAUUAUCUCAAAAAAUUCUAGUUUGUCUUCGGAACUAACAACAGCUGAAUUACAUGAACAAGAAAACCCCGAAGAUCUUUUCAGCGCGUUUGAAGAUGAGGAACUAGCCGAAGAAGUCAAGCACGACCAUUUUUUCGCAGACUAA